AUGGAUCUGCAUUCUGCCGCGUCAACUUCCCUACAAAGUCCCAAGUACAGUAUUCUCAAAAGAUCAACGGUCAACGAAACGGCCACCGUCUUUCGAAACCUCCAAUCACUGCCUAUCCCUCUCACUUUCCAGGAACGCACAGUCCAAGACGGUCACCUUUGCCCAGGCUUUUCGCGCCCCUCUGAUAAUGAUCAUCAGCUCUUUGACCAGGUCCGCAAAUCGCAAUCUUCUCGUCAUUCCUCGCACCGUCCAGCGUCUAUACCAGGGUGCUGGUAUCGUUUUGGAAGAAACGUGGAAGAAAAGUGGUUCACGGUUGUAACCGACUGA